UUUCUGUUUGUUAGUGGGUAAUUAUUCUUUAUAAUUGUUGUAGGUACUCCAUCUUCUAAACCAACAGUGUUAGCCAAUGGUGACCAUGGAAUAGAAGGGAAUGACACUACAGAAGCCUAGAGUGUCUGUCAACACUGGGGCUGCUGCAACACCAGACCAGUGAUCUUUCCUAAGCACCGUUAUACUUCUAAAACCUUCAGCAUAUUGCAACUUUGCUUUUCCUUCCUGGACACCAUGUAGAAGAAUCUGAGGGUAGUUCUCCGGGUCCUAUUUCUGCUGAUGCCUGAGUAAACCAUCUGCUUCUUGUGCUCUGCAGGGCUUGAUGGAUCCUCCUUUCCCUUUGGUCUCCAACUGAAUUCCUCGAAGAGAAAAUGGCCUACCAGGAAUAUCAGAACAGCCAGAACUGGCCAGAAAAUACAAGCUUUUGCUUCCAGCCUGAGCAAGUGGUGAAUCCUAUCCAGACUGAUCCCUUUAAGAUGCACCAUGAUGACGGCCUAGCAGAUUUGCUCUUUCUCUCCAGUGGAACAACAAAUGAUUUGACAUUUACAGGGCAUAAUAAUCCUUUGGAAGAGAGUUACGGUAUGCCUCCCUGUGACACAUUUGCUCCUGCAACUGUUGUACCUCAGGGGUGGUCUAUGGAAGCCCCAAACCCUCCAUACUCAGAGUCCUUUGUUUCUCCAGAGGCCACUGCAAAUCUUCCACAGAUGACAGAGUUACCCAAGGAAGGAGAAAUGGCAUCAGUAGAAGAACAGCCACCAACUAAAGCAUUGGAAAUAAUAGUAGGACAGAAGACUACAGAAAUGGCACCGUCUGGAGAAAAAGUGGUAGCCCUGCUCAAGGAAAUGGCACCCGCCAAAGAAACAAAGGUGGAAUUGACUAAAGAUAUGGAACAACCCACCAAAUCAGAUGUGACACUGCCCAAGGACUUGCAGUCAUCCAUUGAAUCAGAUAUGUCUCUGGUCAAGGACAUGGUCCUACCUAUAGAAAAAGAAGUGGUCCCAGUUAAGGAUGCCAUAUCACCCGCAAAAACAGAUGUGUCUUUAACUAAAGAUAUGGUGCUGCCCACAGAAAGAGAGGUGGCUGCAGGCAAUGAUGUGACACUAUUUGAAGAAACAGAGAGAGUACCACCUGUAAAAAUGGAUUUAUUUUCACAUGAGGGCAUGGCAUCACCCAAAGAAACAGAGUCAAUCUCAGGCAAGGGUAUGGUAUCAUUUUCAGAAAUGGAGGGGGCACUAGCUGUGGACACUAUAUCAUCCACAGAAAAAUCCUCAGCUGAGGAGAUGGUCUUGUUAUCAGAAAAAGAGGUGGCUGUGCCAAGGGACAUGACACUGCCUUCAGAAGCAACAGUAGUCUUCACGAAGGAUGCAGUAGAAACAGAAGGGCCUGGAGACAAGGACAUUACUCCACCUUCAGUAACAGAAAUGACCAUGGGUAAAGAAGUGGCUCUAUCCCCAGAAUCAAAGGUGGGCCUUGUCAAGGAUGUGGCUCCACUCCCAGAAACAGAAGUAACCCUGGUCAAGAAUAUGGGUACACCCUCUGAAACAAAGUUGGCCCUGGGUAAGGAUGUGGCUGUGUCUCCAGAAGUAGAGGUGGCUCAGGUCAAGGAUAUGACUCCACUCCCAGAAAACGAAGUAACCUUGAUCAAAGAUAUGCUACUGCCUCCAGAAGCAGAUGUGGCCCUGGCUAAGGAUGUGGCUCUGUCCCCUGGAACAGAGAUGACCCUGGCCAACAGUGUGACUCCAGCCAAGGAUGUUGCACCACCCUCAGGAACAGAGGUGCCAUCAGUUCUAGUUAAAGACAUGGAAAUUGCCCAGACUCAGGAAGGAAUAAGUGAAAAUUCCCAGAUACAGUCUCUCCAAAAAGAGGGGCAGUUAGCUGCACCUACUUUCAUGAUUUCACCAGAACCAGUCAUAGCCUCGGGCCAAAAGGACAACUUGCCAGAAUCUGUGUUAGAGAAAUUAGAACAGAAGAAACCAUUCAGCUGUCAGCCUUCUGAACUUUCUUCAGAGACCUCAGGUGCCCCUCCCUCACAAGGCACACAAGGUUGCAGAUCCAGUGACUGCAGGUCAGCCCAGCCCAAGCCUACCAGGGCCCCUCCUGAGCUGCUGAAAGUCUUGACUCCACAGAAGACUCUUGAUCCCAGGCUAGGCCCUUUCCCUUUGUGUGAGUCGGGUUGGGUCUCUGGUUCAUCUUCCUGUGGUUAUCCUGGGAACCAAAGGAAAAGUAUUCAUGCUGACUUCCUUGAACCCCAGAGGGAUCUCGGCAGGGAGGCCUGGGAUAUAGAAAGCAUGCCAAUGGCGAUGAAGAAAAAGAAGAAGAAACCAAAGCAAAAGAGAUAUUCUCAACCCCGGGCUGGGGGAUCUUGGAAUGAUGACAGUGCAGAAGGGCAUAACAGUUAUACCCAUAAAUCAGGUGUCCUCCCUAGUCAGUCCACUGCUGUGAACAUGGAAUAUGGACUUGUAUCCAGAGAGAAUCUGAAAAGAGGAGAUGGAGGUGACUCUAGAGCAGCCAAACUAGAAGGUGAGAACUUUAUCUCAGAGAGUCUCAGAGUUACUUUGUGUCCAGAAGAAUCUCCAAAAACUGCAGAAAAUUCUCAGUCCAAGCUGAGAGUAGAGGAACGCGACAGAGGAAACAAAUCAGUGCCACAUAACCAAGAUAAGAAAUUGUUGCAGCCGGAUGAAUACAAAACACAACCUGCACCCCUCCUGAAGACCCCUGUGGAUAAAGGCCAGAUAGUAGGCCUUCCUAACUUGACAGGAUCCCUGACAGAAAUUUCUGAAAAUAAAGCUGAAACUCUUUUGGAGAUCAGAUCUAAAGAGGCUCGCUCUCCUAUCUUGAACCAAGAGGUUGUGGAUGGAGUUUCAAAACCUAUAGCAGCAAAAGAAUUGCCUAAUUUGAUACCAACUUUGAUAGCAAGUAAUCCAUUAGAAGAUAGUCUCAAAGAAGAGAAUGAUGAAAGUAAAAUGUCUAAACUACAGAAUGUCAACCAGAAAGUGUUUCUUAAAAGAUCUGUAGAAGUUAAAGAACUAGAAAGGGAAGCAUUUCCCAAGCAAAGAGAGGAAAUCAACAUCUUGGCUUCUGAGCAGCUGCAGGGCCAAGUGUCAGUUCAGGGUCCUGGGCUAGGGAAUGAGCCGUUUAAGAAAAUGACAGGUGAUGGCAAAAACAGGAAGGGAAGGGGAAGUUCUGGUAAAGUGAGAAUGAAUUCUGGGAAGCCAAGAAUUAAAUCUGACCUGCUAUAUGUUCUGGACAGUGAGAAUGAUGGAAGGGCUGUUCUUGGGUUAAGUGAACCAAUUCUUAAAACCAGAAGAGUGACUACUGAGGAUAAGAGAGAUGAGCUGGGAUUAGAUUCUUCAAAGCAACCAGGAACCAUGAUUGACUUUACUGAGGCAGUAGUGAUGGGGGAGCCUAAGGAGAUAAUAGACCCUAGUGUGGAAAGCACUUUACAGGCAUGGAUUCCUUUGGAAAAUAGAUCAACCUUGACUCGGACUUCUGAUGCUAGGUCAGAAAGAGGAGCCUUAGUCAAAAAUACAGGUGUCAGUAACCAGAGCAAGGAAGGAAGUUGUCCUUGGAUGGGUCAUGAGUCAACUCCUUGGUUUUCUGAAAAGACUAAAAAGAGAAGUAAUGAAGGCAGAAACAAAAAGUCUAAAAUUAAUUAUCCCAUAGAACCUACUAGAAUGGAUGACAAGGAGGAAAUUCCUAAUCCACCUUUUGUAGGGAAGGAUGGAGAAGUAUCCGAUAGCAUUCCCUAUAAAAACAGGGAAUUAGGUCACACUUCCCCCCAAAUACUUGAUUCUUUAUUCUUUCAUGUAUCAGGUACACACACAGUGGAAGCACUUGACAAAAAGGGUAAAAAUGUUGAGGUUAAUUCUGCUGAGCUUGAGGCCCCUGAGGGCAACAAAACAAAUACAGCCAAGGAUUCUGCUAUUAUUGAACCAGCUGCCAAGGUGACAGAUGUGAGCUGCCAAGGCCAAAUUCAGGAGACAGGAUUUGCUCCCUCAAUAGCAUCUGAAGAGAACAAGACAGAUGCAACCAAGGGACACACAGCAGUGGCUGACAAACCAAAUAAAAGGAGUAGUGAUGAAAAAAGCAAAAAAGUUAAAAAUAGUUUUCCCAAGAAGCACAUUCUGGAGAAUAAGUUAGAUGCAACAAAAAUGCAUGUUCCCAUGGAAACCACAGGGGACCAUAGAAUUGAAGGAAUGGGCUAUGUGGACGAAAAUAGAAAUAUUACAUUUACCUGUCCCAGAACACUGUCAGGGCUCAUGAAUAAGUCAGCUCCUAUAGAGGCUGUAGAAUCAGCAGCCUGUGAAAAACUGCCCACUACUCCUCCUCAAGUAGUAAAGAAAAAUGAUUCCUUACCAGACACCUUGGCAAAAAAUGGGGAAGAGAGAGCCCCAGUUCAGCUUUCUAAAUUAUUAGUGGAAAAUAACUGCAACAAAGAUGGGGUCCCAGGGCCAGAAAGACCCAAAACUCCCUCUGUUGUUAUGUCAUCUGCCAGCACAGAAGGAAUUGCCCUGCCUUUUACAGCAGCCAUAGAAACAGUGAAUAGUCAGGAAGAUUGCUGUCUUAAGAAUCAAAGUGAGUUUGCUGUUCCCAUGAAAAAUGAAGCAGGGGUAUAUGAAGGCCAUGUGGUAGGAGAAUCUGAGUUGUCACUCUGUGGUGAAUCUAUCUGUUCAGUAGAGCAAAUCCCAGGGCCAGCAAAAGGGCACCUUCUUCCUAAAGUUCCCACAGAUGAGCAGGGCUUGCCAGGAGAGACCAGAGUCCUAGAAGCAUAUGGAAAUAGGGGUGAUUUCCAAACAUCUUCAGUGAACACAGGGGAGGAGACUGAGAAAGGUUCUACUUCUGCUCCAAUUUUUGACUUAUUGGGAGACAAAGCACAAAAGAUCAGUUACCACGAGGACCAAAAUACUAAAGAUAGAGAUUCUAAGGGCCCAGAUUAUUUGAAUAAGGAGGUUGAUAUGACUCCCUUGCCUCCAAAAAGUGAAAAGGAUAAAUUUAAAGAAAUUAUACUGGCUUCUGAUGUCACAAAAUUACAAUGUGUUUCCCCACCAACACCAGAACUCCAGUCCAGUUUCUUAUGUGGCAAAGUUGAAGUUCCUCUUUCAGGGGUGGUAGAUAAGUUAGAAAUGGCUGCUUCCAAGGAUCUUCAACUCCCAGAACUCAAAGAUAACAUCAAGAAAGAGCCUCAGAAAAUGACAGAAAAAUCGGAACUAACGGUUCUGGGAGAAGGAAAGAAGGAAGAUAAAAGCAGAAUAAUAGAACCAAUGAAAGGCUACAUGAGACCUACCAAGUCCCGAGGACUUACUCCUUUUAUGCCAAAAUCUACAAUCCAGGAACCAGAGAGAUCCAAGCACCUGAAGUCCAGUGGAAUAGCCAGGCCAGAAGAAGGAAAGGCUGCUGUGAAUGUGACCGGAAAUGACAUCACUACCCCACCAAACAAGGAGCUCCCACCAAGCCCAGAGAAGAAAACAAAGCCUUUGGCCACCACUCAACCUGCAAAGACUUCAACAUCGAAAGCCAAAACACAGCCCACUUCUCUCCCUAAGCAGCCAGCAACUCCCACCACCUCUGGUGGGUCGAAUAAAAAACCUAUGAGCCUUUCUUCAGGCUUAGUACCAGCUGCCCCACCCAAACGCCCUGCUGCUGCCACUGCCAGGCCUUCCAUCUUACCUGCAAAAGACGUGAAGCCAAAGUCCGUUGCAGAGGCAAAGACUCCUGAGAAGCGGGCCUUACCAUCCAAGCCCACCUCUGCCCCAGCCCUCAGACCUGGACCCAAGAGCACCCCAGCUGCUCCGAAAGCUACUGCAGCUGCCUCGGCUGCGCCAAGCAAUAGAAGUCCCCCCAUGCCACUGCCCAAACGGCCCACUACCAUUAAGACUGAGGGGAAACCUGCAGAAGUGAAGAAGAUGACUGCAAAGUCUGCACCAGCUGACUUGAAUCGUUCAAAGACCACCUCCACCAGUUCUGUGAAGAAAAACACCACUCCCACUGGGACAGCACCUCCAACAGGGGUGGCUUCCACUAGAGUCAAGUCCACUCCCACACCUCCCCGGCCUUCUACAACUCCCAUGGACAAGAAGCCCACCUUAGCCAAGCCCAGCUCCUCUGCCCCCAGGCUGAAUCGCCUGGCCACCAAUGCCUCUAUCCCUGAUCUGAAGAAUGUCCGCUCCAAGGUCGGCUCCACAGAAAACAUCAAGCAUCAGCCUGGAGGUGGCCGGGCCAAAAUAGAGAAAAAAACAGAGGCAGUGGCUACAACUCGAAAGCCUGAACCUAACGCAGUCACUAAAGCAUCCAGCCCCAUUGCAAGUGUGCAGAAACCGCCUGCUGGGAAAGUCCAGAUAGUCUCCAAAAAAGUGAGCUACAGCCAUAUUCAGUCCAAGUGUGGUUCCAAGGACAAUAUUAAGCAUGUCCCUGGAGGUGGUAAUGUUCAGAUUCAGAACAAGAAAGUGGACAUCUCUAAGGUCUCUUCCAAGUGUGGGUCCAAGGCUAACAUCAAACACAAGCCUGGUGGGGGAGAUGUCAAGAUUGAAAGUCAGAAGUUGAACUUCAAGGAGAAGGCCCAGGCCAAGGUGGGAUCCCUGGAUAACGUGGGCCACCUGCCUGCGGGAGGUGCUGUGAAGAUUGAGACCUACAGGCUGACGUUCCGGGCAAACGCCAGGGCCCGCACCGACCAUGGGGCCGACAUUGUCUCCCGGCCCCCUCACUUCCCUGGCGGCCCCAGCUUGGGCUCCCGGGCCCUUGGCUCCCUUUCUCGGGCUGUGUACUAGACCUAUGAGCUCCUGGGUGCUAGGCAGCCCUCUAGGCCCCUGCCCUCCUGCCUCGCUUGCCCAAGGCAGCAGCAGUUCUGCCUACACACCUCCCUCCGCUCUCUCCCAGGGCCCAGCUCCUGGGUUCGCUCCUGUCCAUCACUGCACCACUACUCCAUGGAGAAGGUGGGAGGGGAAUGGGGUGGGUUGGGGUCCCAUGGGAUCUAGGAGGGGGAACCGGAUUCCAACCUCCUUUGUUUGGGUUUUCUGAAUCAAACCCAAAAGAAACUGACAUACCGUCCCGUCCCUUCUCCUUUGGUCAACCUGGAGGGAAGAGUGGAGGUGGAUUCUGUGAUGGCCAGGCACUGACUGCAUCCUGUGGAGUCUGCUAAGCCACUGCCUCUCCCUUUGACCCCCACAAUGGCACCUACCAUACAGGUGGUGCCUGCCCUCUUGCUGCCCUGCCCCAAGUUAGUUAGGGGUUGGUGCUGCCUGUCCCGCUGCUUACCAUACCUGCCUAGCUGCUGUCACACUUUUUAUUCUUUUUCCUAGUAACCUAUAAAUUGGUGGAGUAGUUUUGCAGGUUGAAGCCAUGUGUAAAUGAGAGUCCUCAGUAGGUGUUAAAGGAAACAGGGAGGGGAGAUGAUCCUAAGCCUCCACCCAGGAGGAUAUCAUGCAUUGGGGGCUGCCCUCUCUGGGCAGCUCAGGGCCCUUGAGACACUGUGGGCAGGGAAGUGAGGUGUGGUGCUGCGGCCUGGUGAACAGGGCAAGCAUACUUGAGCUAGUCAGUGUGGACUGGUUGUGUUGAUAUUUUGUGUGUAUGCUGCUUUUCUUUUCUAACCAAGAGGCUGGUUUUGGCAUCUGUCUUGUUCCCUGGGAUCUGGUGGUCAGCUGUGGAAUGCAAAGCCAAUGCUGGAGAAACAGGAAAAAAGUCAUUGAGGUCAAAAUCCUUUAGGUCUAGGACACUCAAGCCCUCAUGUCUAGGGAAGCCUGAGAUGUCCAAAGCUCAUAUGGACAGUGGGGAAUCAGGUCUGAAAAUUUAAAAAGUAAAAGGCACGAGAACGAGCCAUUCCACUUCCCUUCUAACCUGACUGGAGAGGAGCGAGGAGAGGCCAGCCUGUGGAGGGGUGGCCAACCCAGCUGGGCCCACCUGUGGGAUGGCUGCAGUGAGGAGAAAUCCCGGGAAUUGUAUUGACAUGAUUCUUAUUGCACUUGUAUUUUUUGUAUUAAAAGUUUGCAUGGUUUCUAAUAAAGGAUUAAAACAUAAGUUUGUAGUGAAAUGGCCUGGGCUUUUCCACGGGUUUCUCCUCUGGGGGGCAUUUUCUGCUGUGCAGACUUGCCUCAGGAGGCUGGCCCAGACUUGGCCCCUCUGGCCCUGAUCUUGAACUCCACAGUCUCCACCUGUGCUCCUCACAUCCCCUUAGGUUCAAAUCGAAUUUUAUCUGCUCAUAGAGGGAGUGAGUUGCUGGGCCUAACGAUCCUCUCCAAUUCUGAGGCAGCUGUGUCUUUGGGAAAGCUUGACAUCAGAUCCUCAGCUUCCCGAGCACAUGCCAAGAAAUUGCACAGGCCUAGUGGAGAUGGAGAAAGUGUAGCCCAAGGCAGGAAGGUGGAAUUUCUUCCCCAGCUGUCUGCCGAGUGCUCUAAAUGUGCCAGGGGCUGUAGGACACCAGUAUUUUCUCAGAAAGAUGAAAUUGGGGUGAAGGAAGUGAUGGGUGCUGGGCCUGAAGGUACCUGGGAACUUGAGGAUGCUGACAUUGACAACAGUCUCUGGGUCCUUUUAAUCCCUUUCACCAAGGAUUGGGGAGGAGGCAGACCAACUGGAGAGCUCUCUAGGUAGGACACAUGAGUGGUCAGUGUUCCUGUUUGGUCCCAGCUCCCUUGAAGAGUCCUACAAGCCAGAGAACCUGAGAAGGCUGGCCUGACAAGAUGGGACCAGAGGCCCCUGUGUGAUGUGUACUACUCUGCAAUCUUCUAGGGAUGGGACAGUUCUGGAAUACUUUCCAAUUUGCUUAUGGCUCAGCCAUUACCCCAGUCUGUGUUGUAUUGAUUUUAAGAGUAAAUAAAGCUGCGUGAUGUCCCACCACAUA